UGCAUCUCGCUCUCUGUCGGUGCUUCGGCUCGCUCCCUCUCUGUGACGGCCAUGCGGAUCAUGAUCAAGGGCGGCGUGUGGAAGAACACGGAGGAUGAGAUCCUCAAGGCGGCCGUGAUGAAGUACGGUAUGAACCAGUGGGCGCGCGUCGCGUCGCUGCUGUCGCGCAAGUCAGCGAAGCAGUGCAAGGCCCGCUGGUAUGAGUGGCUGGACCCGAGCAUCAAGAAGACCGAAUGGAGUCGCGAAGAGGAGGAAAAACUGCUGCAUCUGGCCAAGCUCAUGCCCUCGCAGUGGCGUACCAUCGCCCCCAUCGUAGGCCGUACAGCCGCUCAAUGCAUGGAACACUACGAGCGGCUACUGGAUGCAGCCCAACAGAAAGAAGGCGUCGAGGUCAGUGACGAUCCGAGACGUCUUCGUCCUGGAGAGAUCGACCCCAACCCAGAGAACAAACCUGCACGUCCCGAUCCCGUGGAUAUGGACGAAGACGAGAAGGAGAUGCUGUCCGAGGCCAGAGCUCGUCUGGCAAACACCAAGGGCAAGAAAGCCAAGCGAAAGGCUCGUGAGAAGCAGUUGGAAGAGGCAAGGCGUCUCGCUGUAUUGCAGAAGAAACGCGAAUUGAAGGCUGCCGGUAUCAUGUCGUCCAACCCGAGAGUAAACAUGAAGAAACGCAAGUUCAUCGACUAUUCCAGCGAGAUUCCGUUCGAGAAGAAAGCCCCUGCUGGAUUUUACGACGUUACCGAGGAAAAGCAGAUUUCAAGUAAAGGACUUGACUCCAAGCGUGCAGCUCUGCAGCUGGACAAACUCGAGGGCGUGCGUCGUGACGCUCAGGAGAAGAAGGAGCGCAAACAGGAUGCCAAGCGACAGAAGUCGCUUAUGAAGUCCAAUUUGCCACAGAUCAUCGCUGCGGUGAAUGAGAAAAACGACCCGAUCAAUGCGAUCAAGCGAACUCCGCUCGAGUUGCCAGCUCCUGUGGUUUCUAACGACGAAUUGAGCGAUCUCGCGAAGCUGGGCAUGCAUGCCACUCAUGCAGCCGCUCUCGCUCUUGAAAAUGGGUCAGCUACCGAGACACGUGCGCUAAUGGGGGACUACAGUGCCACUCCUCUGCGUUCUACCACUGGAGGUGCAACAGCGACGCCUUCUAGCCGUGACGUGCACGAGAAUAUUAUGCAGGAAACGGCGAAUCUGCUCGCCAUGCGAAACAGUACGACCCCUCUUUUAGGCGGAGAGAAUGUCGAGCUUUACGAAGGAACAGGCUAUGCUGGAGCUACCCCAUCUCGGACCCCGUCAUCUGCUAUGUCCAAUGUAGUCAGUGAAAAGACGCCAAUGUCUGCUGGGCGUACACCUCUGCGCGACGAGCUAGGCAUUAACCCGGAACAGCUUUACGGCACAGAGGCGGAAAAUGCUAAGGCGGAGAAGGCUCGGACAAAGCGACUGGCUGCGAGUCUACGCAAGGGAUUCGAUAGCUUGCCUGCUCCUCAAAACGAGUAUGAAAUUAACAUCCCGGAGAAAGAAAAGGUUGACGAUAAUCGUACCUCUAAUCGACGUGAAGAGGACGCUGGCGAGCGAGAAGUCCGUGAGCAGCAGCAGCGCGAGUUGGAACGAGAACGUGAACUUAAGCGACGAUCUACAGCUGUACAGAAUGGGCUCCCUCGUCCUUCGAAGGUGAAGAAAGUUCUGAUUCAUAGCGAGGUGAAUGAGGUGGCAGACGAAAUGUACCGAAUGCUGGAGCACGAUGUUGUCAAAUACCCCGUGGAUGAUGGCAAGACCAAGAAGAGCAAGAAACGCAAGAAAUCGUCGAAUGCGGUUGCAGUCCCGAACUUGCAAGAAUUCUCUGACAGCGAAAUGAAGCGCGCUCGGCAAAUGGUGCAGAUUGAGGCUAGUCUUUUUGGAGUGAACGACGUCUGGAAGUCCCAGGACGCCUCAGUUCUUGGUACGAAGUGGGACGAAGUGCAAGCGCGCUAUCUGAGCAAAGCUGAGGGCGAAGGAAAGAGCGGCGUGUCUUUCCAAUUUUCUACGUCCGACGAGGACAAGCUGCGUGCUGUGCAAGCUCGCUUUGCUGAACUCAAGGAAACGGAGCAGUUCCUUGCCAAGCGUGCCCAAAAGCUGGACGAACGUGCUAAAGUUGUUAACGGUGGGUUUUACCGCCGCGCUCAGCAGGGUCUGGAGCUGUUGCGCGACCAGAUGACAGAGCUUCAGAACACUGCGAUUGAGCAGGCAUGCUUCGAGAACCUGUCGAGUCUUGAGACGCGGGCGCUGGAGACUCGCAUGGCACGCUUGGCGAACGAAGUGAACUCGCAGCAGCUCAUUGAGGUCAAAUUGCAGAAACAGUAUGCGGCACUGGUCCAAGAGCAGCACUAGUGCUACCGACAUAAAACUCAACGAGACGGCGAUGCACUUCGGACGCGGCCGAUACGCAAAUUCUCCAGCGAGUAUUUGCGAUGCAUGAGACUGACCAACGUCUUGAGCUCGUGCCAUUUCGCCGACAUUGUAGACUUGUGAGCGUCAGCAAGCUGAUCUAGCUUACCCAGCAUAAUUUUAAUUUCCUUUGCGGUGAGAAUAU